AUGUCUUCUCUCAAGACUGUAUUAAAUGACUCUGUCAUCAUUCAUCCUCCAGGCUUCUAUAUCAUCGCAUUUCAGACGUUUCCUUACAUCCGUGUCUACAUCAUCUUUCUUGCAUUUGUCUAUGUGGUUUCACUAGUGUUUAACACUUUAUUGAUCUAUAUCAUUUUUUGUGACCACCGCUUACACACUCCAAAAUUUCUGGCUGUUGUCAACCUUGCAGUAAUUGAUAUAAUGUUAAACACAAGCACUAUUCCCAGCAUGAUCAAGACAUUUGUCUUUAAGGACAACUUUGUUCCAUUCAAUCUUUGUCUGUUACAAAUGUUUGCCUACUACACUUUUGUGACUUUGGAGUCAUGGGCACUUGCUGUUCUUGCUUAUGACAGAUUGAUUGCAAUAUGUUUCCCUCUGCGUCAAAACUUACUCAACACACCACUCAUCAUGUCUUGUAUUAUAAGCCUAAAUUGGGUUUACAUUGUUGGACUAGUUGCAUAUGGUGUGGGGAUCAUGACGCGACUGUCUUUUUGCAAAUCAGUCAGAGUGUUCAGCUAUUUCUGUGACUAUGCACCUGUGUUUAGACUCGCCUGUAAUGACAACACACUGCAGUGGUUAGUAGGUUCAUAUGGUGGUAUGUUUAAUCUGAUGACCCCCUUUGCUUUUAUUUGUCUGUCUUAUAUCAGCAUCCUGGUCACUGUGUUCAGGAUGAAAUCAGUGACUAGUAGGAUCAAAACUCUUGCCACUUGCAUUGAGCACCUGGUCCUUGUUGCUAUAUUUUAUAUUCCUAUAAUCAUCAUUUUCUUCAUAGGGCUUUAUGUGCGAGCCAUUGACCCAGACCAGCGUGUGCUGAGCCUGUCGCUGUCCUCUUGCAUCCCACCCUGCAUCAAUCCUAUUGUGUAUUCCUUGAAAACUAAAGAGAUUAAAACCAGAGCCCUGACACUGGUCCACAGAAUGAAAACAAGACCACAAUAA